CUCUCUCGAAGAUGUGUUUACUUUUUUAACGUCCUAAAUUUUAGGGGUGUAUUUUGAUUUUUGUUUGUUUUCUCUAGUGUCGAUGAACAUUUUAAGGUUGUAUAGCGGAUUUUGGUGCUAUGAAACAUGUCUAGGCCGCCUAUGAGAGGAAGAAAUAACCAAAGAUAUGAUGAUAACAGAAUGGACUAUAACUAUGGGAGAAGGGCAUCUCCUCGCUUUUUUGAGCAAAGAGAAGCCUUUGACUCCCAGCCAUCCAUAGACAGAGGAGGAUAUUAUGACUAUGACCACCAGCAGUCAGACAGAAGGCUCUUGUAUUAUGACAAUGAUCAACACUGGAAUAGCAGGCAGUGUGAUCCUGGCUACAGGGAUGGCAUGGGAAGCUCUGGCCACUAUGACAGCCAUGAUAGCCCAUACAACCAUGAAAGAACACCCCCACCCAAUCCCAGAGGCAGUUGGGGGAGAGGGAGAAGGGGCAAGCAUGGAGGGAGGGGGGGGAAAGGAAAGGGUGUAAUCAAAGCUGAUCCUCCCAUGAUACUUAGUGGCAUCCCCCACCUACAGCACUCCUUUGUCAAAACAGAAAAUGGGGGGAAGAAUGGCAGUGCUAGUAGCAGCCAAGUGAAUGAGAGUGGUGAGGGUCCAGAGAUGAAUGCAAGUGCAGCACCUUUUGGGGAAGUUCAGAAUGCAUCUGGCCCAAUUCAGGAGGGCUCUGGAAACAGCAGCUGUAGAGAGAAUGGAAAGUCAGACCAGGAGGCCAGUAGAAGGGAGAAGCUGCCAAUGGGAGAAGAGACCACACCACAGGGUAAUAAUAAAUUUGAAGGUGAACUGCAGCUGGAGACCGUUGACAGUGAAGAAGAGUAUGACAAUGUGACCCCUUCAUCUAAUGCCCCUCAGGCAGCUACAGCAGCACAGCCAGCAAAUUUCUCAGCAUCUAAAGACAUGAAUGCAGAAUCUCAGACUGUUUUGGAAAGAUCGCAAGAAGUUACUGAACCUGACCCAGCAAAACUGGAACUUGAAACAGAAAGAUAUUAUGAUGAACUGUUAGGUAAGAAUGAAGGAGAGAAGGAAGAAGGGACAGAAAUUCUAUCUGCUUCUCAAGUAGCUAAAAUCACAGUUGCGUAUAAAACGGAUGAGGAACAGAAGAAGGAUGAGGAGAACCAGAAAAAGGAGGAAGAAAAGAAAGCAGAGGAGAGACAAGCACAAAUUGAGACGGCUUGGUCAAUCCUUCACCAGUACUGGCAGUUUGUGAGCGAGAAUCCUUACGACUUCAAUGGUUGGACAUACCUCCUCAACCACGUGGAAAGCAUGAACAACUUGGAAGCAGCCCGUUCUGCUUUUGAGGGAUUCCUGCCCCUCUACCCUUACUGCUUUGCCUAUUGGAAGAAGAUCAGUGACAUGGAGAUGAGGCACAAAAAUACAGAAAGAUCUCUUGGUAUUCUUCUCAUUGGAAGUGAAUGUGUGCCGUUUUGCACAGACUUGUGGGUUCCACUUGUGGAGAAUUUCAUCUCCUAUGGCAAAGGGAAGUCGCUGGAGCCUCAGUGUAUCCGAGUGUUGUACGAGUAUGGUCUAGACUCGGCAGGGAGAGGAUGGCACAGUUCUCCUCUUUGGGAAACUUGUAUAAACUAUGAACAACAUGACACAGGAGACCUUGUUCAAGUCAUGGGAUUGUACAAGAGACUUCUGUCUACACCAACGAAGCUGUACAAUAAACACUGGGACCAUUUCCUCGCCAUAAUAAGGGACCACCAUCCUCGUAACCUUCUCUCUGUGGAAGAGUACCAAAAGCUACGGAAAGAGACAUGUGAGGAACUCAAGAUCAAGUACACACCAUGCUCCAUGGUGCCUCCAAAGUCUGUUCACAAGACUCCUCAGCCCGAAGACAAGCUCACAUCUCGCAUGAAGGAGAAACUAGUGGCUUCUUACAUUAAGGCUCAUGAACACAAUGAGGAGGAGGUUGACAAGAGAUGGAAGUUUGAGGAAAGGAUAAAAAGACCUUAUUUUCAUGUGAAACCUCUAGAUAAGAAACAACUCAAGAACUGGAAUGAAUAUUUAGACUUUGAAAUUGGGGUAGGAGACCCUGUUCGAAUAAUUCCACUCUUUGAACGUGCUCUUGUAGCCUGUGCCCUAUAUGAAGACAUGUGGUGCCGCUAUGCUUCGUACAUGGAGAAGCAUGUGCAAGACAUCAUGGAUGCAGUACACAGUGAACAAAGCGAAAAGAAAGAGAAAGAAGUGAGUGAUGCAAGUGGUGAUAAGAAGGAAGCAGAAAAGGCAGAGGCUGAGGAAGGAGGUGGUGAAAGUAGUGAGAACUCUGCCAUAGCUUCUGAGUGCAUAGCUAAGAGAAAAAAUUGUGAUGAUAAGUCUGAUGAGAAUAGUCAGGUAAAUGAUGAGAGUGUAGUUGAUGUUAAAGAUGUUAAAGAUAGAGAUGAUUCAGGUAACCGGGGCUCUGUUGCCAAUGCACAGAAUGAAAGUACAAGGGACGACUCCUCAGUUGGGAAUAGUGACCAGUGUAACUGUGAUAAAGACGCCAAAGUGUGUGAGGUCCAUGUGCUCUCAAACUGUAUCUCAGAAAUGGACUCUGCCAGCCAGAAUGACCAGACAGGCAAUGAACAGAGGAAAAAAAUAGUAGAAACAGAGCCCCAGACUUACAAACAGCUCAAAGACAAACUCAGUGUUAAUAUAAGUAUGGCUGAAAGAGUGUUGAGAUGUCCCCCGCUCACUUGGGCUCCAAGAAUCAGACAACAUGUGUGUGAAUGUACCUAAGUGGCUGAUGCAGGAUGGUGGGGAGCUGUGCCUGAGUGAGACGGACCGUGGUGUGGCCCUCAUCCGUUACUGGCCCAACUUCAUGACUGAGAGUGGCCAGAUGUCCAUCUUCCGAAUCUUACGCAAGGGCCUAAAGUGGCAUCAGCGACGUGCGCUGAUUGAGGGCAAGUGGCAAAACCUUCCACACCUCCUCUCAUGGAUUGGCCCUUGUGACUAUUCCUACUCUGGGGUAACUCUAGAGAAGAACACUAACUGGUUGCCAGAGAUUGUCGACCUGCUGCACAGGCUAAUUCGUUACACAGGCAACCAAUACAACAGCUGCUUCUUGAAUCUGUACCGCAAUGGUUACGACCAUGUAGGCUGGAUGUCAGAGAACCACCCUGCCCUGCGUGAUGAACCUUCUAUUGCCUCUGUCUCACUUGGUGUGACAAGGCUUUUUGAGAUGCAGAGGAAGGACGGCAGUGGAUUCCUUCGAUUUCCUCUCUUCCCAGGAUCACUUUUGCUCAUGGAAGGAGCCACACAAGAAGAUUGGCAACACCAGUUUCCCAAGCAACCCAAUGUGGCUUCUGAGAGAAUCAACAUCACCUUCCGCAAGAUGUACAUGAUUGAGGGUUUGACUGUGUAAAGGCUAGGGGUGUGAUUGUGCCUCAUCUUCGGUGCUACAGAUGGGAAGCAGGGAAGGAAGCAGCUGUCAUGAUGUCAUUUUGGAGGUUGAAGUCAAAAUAGAUUUCAAAAUCAUUGGAUUUGAUCCUAAGCCAUAGUACGAAAAAAUGUUCUGUGCGGAAACAUUUGAAAUCUUAACUAGUCGUAUGUUUAAUGUUUUCUCUUUUUUGUAGAUGAAAAAUUUAAUAUCUGAUGGCAAGUAUAACCCUUUUUUGCAAGAUUUUCAAAAUAGAAAUUUAUAGCUUUGCAGAUAUUUUCCCCACAGCUUUAUGAAGCUUUCAAAAUGGAAUUUCAUUGGUUUGCAGUUUCAUUUUCACAGCCUACUAUUUAAGUCAGUAGCUCAAAUUUCACCCAAUUGCAGCAAUAAGAAUUGUAUAGAAACUGUUUCAUUAUUUGAUAUUGUUUUUUGGAUACAUUUGUAUUUGAUAUUACUGUACAAAGCUGUAAACAAGCUCACCCUAAAAGAAUGUAUGAACAAUUUGUUUAGUGUGAACCCUAGUGUGAAAUGGAAAUAUUUCUGUGCAUAGGAAUAUAUCAAAUGACAUGGAAUUUUAAUAAGAUACAUUUUAUAACAUUAAGUGUAUACACUUACUAUGCUAAUAAAAUGUUAAAGAAACCAA